AUGACUCACACAAUUGGAAAAUAUGUGAUUUGUAAUAAAUCUGAGAAAGCUUUUACAUGUGCCAAUUAUCAUUACAGCUACAAAAAAUGUCAUAGAAGAGAAAAAGCCUCCAAAUAUACUCAUUGUGCAAAACCAUCUUCAUAUCACAGUCAUCUUCAGAAGAAUGAAAGUAUUCAUAAUGGAGAGAAAUUCUAUGUUUGUAUUCAAUAUGGUGAAAGCUUUGCACACAACACUAGUCUCAGAAUACAUAAAGGAAAAUGUAUUGCAAAGAAAACCAAUGAAAGUAUUCAGUGCAGUAAUGCUUUCAAUAGUCAUGGUCAUCUUGGAAUACAUAAAAGAACACAUACUGGAGAGAAACCAUAUGAAUGUAAUCAAUGUGGUGAAGUGAGUACAUGUGUCAGUAGUCUUUGAACAUAUAAAGGAACACAUAAUGGAGAGAAACACUAUGAAUGUAAUAGAUAUGGUAAAGACUUUGAAUAUGUCAGUAAUCUGCAAGUACAAGAGAGAACACAUAACAGAGAGAAACCCUACAAGUGUGUUGAAUGUGAUGAAGGCUUUUCAAGACAGAUUACACUUCAAAUAAAUAAAAGAAUACAUGCUGGGGAGGAACCCUACAAAUGUAAUCAAUAUGAUAAAGUGUUUUCACAAGUCAGUCAUCUCCAAAGACAUAAAAAAACACAUACUGUAGAGAAACCCUACAAAUGUAAUCAAUGUGGUAAAGUCUUUUCACAAAACUUUAAUCUCCAAGUACAUAAAAGAACACAUUCUGUGGAAAAACCCUACAAAUGUAAUCAAUGUGAUAAAGCCUUUUCACUAUACAGACAUCUCCAAAGGCAUGAAAGAAUACAUAAUGGAGAGAAACCCUACAAAUGUCAUCAAUGUGAUAAAGCCUUUUCACUAUACAGACAUCUCCAAAGGCAUGGAAGAGUACAUAAUGGAGAGAAACUCUACAAAUGUACUCAAUGUAAUAAAGUCUUCUCAGGAUCCACUAAUCUCCAAGAACAUGAAAGAACACAUAAUGGAGAGAAACCCUACAAAUGCAAUCAAUGUGAUAAAGUCUUUUCCAGACAAAGUUUUCUCCAAGUACAUAAAAGAACACAUUCUGGAGAGAAAUCCUACAAAUGUAAUCAAUGUGACAAAGUCUUUUCACAACACAGUAAUCUCCAUGUACAUGAAAGAACACAUAAUGGAGAGAAACCCUACAAAUGUAAUCAAUGUGGUAAGGACUUUUCACAAAAAGGUCAUCUCCAAAUACAUGAAAGAACACAUACUGGAGAGAAACCCUACAAGUGUAAUCAAUGUGAUAAAGUCUUUUCACAACACAGUAAUCUCCAUGUACAUGAAAGAACACAUAAUGGAGAGAAACCCUACAAAUGUAAUCAAUGUAAUAAAGACUUUUCACGACACAGUCAUCUCAAAAUUCAUGAAAGAACACAUACUGGAGAGAAACCCUAUGAAUUUAAUCAAUGUGGUAAAGCCUUUUCAUGUUCCAGUAGGCUGCGAAUACAUGAAAGAACACAUACUGGAGAGAAACUCUACAACUGUAAUCUAUGUGAUAAAGUCUUUUUACUACACAGUCAUCUCCAAAGGCAUGAAAGAACUCAUACAGGAGAGAAACCCUAUGAAUGUAAUCAAUGUGGGAAAGCCUUUGCCUGUGCCAGUAGUCUCCGAAUACAUAAAGGAACACAUUUUAAAUAGAAUCCCUGUGAAUGUAAUUAUUGUGGUAAAGUUCUUAUAAGACACAAAACAUCUCUGAACACAUAGAAGAACACAUACUGGAGAGAAACCCUAUGAAUGUCAUCAAUGUGGUAAAGCCUUUGCAUGAAUCAGCAGUCUGAAAUAAUGAGAAAAUACUGUAGAGAAACCCUAUAAAUGUAGUGAGUGUGGUAAAGUUUUGCACUUCAUGGUAGUCUUUAUACAAGAGUAAGACUUGUAGUGUAUAAUUGGUCUCUUAAAAUCUUUGCAUUUUACAGUAGUCUUUGAGGGCCUGACAAAAUUAAUACUGAAGGAAAGGCCAUAAAGGAUUUGGUAAAAUCUUUCAUUUGAACAAAAGACCUGUAAAUUUAAAUGAUGAGGUUUCCAUUUUCUAUUCCACAGUUCUCUUCAAUUACAUGCAAUAAGGCAUCCAGGUUUAACACUUACUGGAUGUGUAGUAGUAUUUCCUUGUCUAUUGCUGUGACAAAACAUAAUAUCUAAGUCGACUCAUGAAAGAGUUGUCCCUUGGGUCCAGAAGGGUACAGAAUCACAAUGGAAGUGGCAUGGCAACAAGUUUCAAACACGGCAGCUGCAGCAGAAUGGUAAGAACUGUCAUCUUUUACCUACAACAUGAAGGUGAAACUAAAACUGGAAAUGGUGUGUGGAUGUGAAUUCUCAUGCUCACCCCCAGGGACUUAAUUCUUUCAGCAGGGCAUGAAUUACCCAAAUCUUUCCAAAUGAUACCACCAACUGAGCAAAAAUGAUUUCUCUGACUGCAAGCCUACAUGCUUGCUCUGCUUGCUUUCUGUUACAUAAAUCAGUUCAUGAUGAAGAAAGCUCUGUAAGUAAGCCUUUUGAUACUUCAACACCUGGGUUACAGGAAUAAAUCCUUAAGAGAGAAAAACAUUCUUGAGUGAAAAUCUCACUGUUAAAAAUUUGUUUUAAUUGUGUGAUCUCAGUGUGUCUUUACUGUGUGCAUGGUGAUUCCCCAAAAGUGUAUACCCUUGGCUCUCCUUUUAGCUGGAAUUACAGAAAGUUGUUAAAACCCUGACCUUUUUCCUGGGAAUGAACUUCUCAUAACUACUUGGCCAUGUCUCUCAGCCUAUAGAUAUUUAAAAAUCUUUAUAUUUCAUCUUGAUGUCAGGAAAUAGGCUAUGACCCACAAUUGGAUGAACAACUCAAGAACUGAGAAAUUUAUUUCAAACCUUACAAGGUGACAAGGACUUAAAUAGUUGAAGAGAUUAUCAGCUUAAGCUGAGAAAGAAAUGGCUCUGAUAGAAAAAAAAUUAUAGGAUGCACAUGUGGAUCAUGUAGAUCUCUAACUUGUUUGUAUUCUGGUUAUUUUACCUUCUAUGUAUUUCCCUGUAGAAAUUUUAAUGCAGAGAUAAUAAUAUCUUAGAAUGGAUAUUUUUACCAUAUAAACAGAAUAAGAAAUUAAUGACCUAUGUAGAAAAUUUCUGAGUGGAUUCUAAAAUGAAAGCUGAGACUUUCCAGUUAACAGGAAUAAACCCAGCAGAAAUCAUACUACCUUUUACUAAUGCUGAAAUUUCCUCUUUAUCGGCAGAAAAUGAACCUCAGCAAUGGAUUACAGGGUAAUUUUUUGUAGAGAUUAACAACAAAUAUCCCAAAAGCAAGAGAAUUAAAUUAUAAAGAGAAGUAACUGGAUCCUUCCUCACAUUAAAUGGGAACAACAAUUUCUGGAGCCCCUAAUUUCUAUACUGAUGCAAACAUAUCAGGAAUUUUUUUUUAAAGUGACUCAAAGCCCUUAUGAUCCUGUUCAAAAGUCAGAAUUAUAUGCUAUUCUCACAAUAUUAUUAGAUUUCUCUUUAUAUAGUUACUGACUCUCACUAUGCAUAAAGAGGUGUUUUACAUAUUGAAACUGUACUUACUUCAGAUGAUACAGAGUUGAUUUUGUUAUUUAUUCAGUUACAAGAAAUAACAAUAAGUUGAAAUCAUCCCUUAUGUAUAACACAUGUUAGAUCCCAUAUGGUUCUAUCAGGCUCUCUAGCACAAGUUUUUUAUGAAACUGAUCAACUAUUGGUAGGAAAUGUACUAGAAGCCUCAGAAGUUCAUUUAAAACACUAUGUCAAUGGCAAAGGUUGUAAAAGGGUUUUCUCACCACUUGAUAGAAAGUCAUAGAAAAUAUAAGAAAAUGUUCUACUUGUUCCUUUUGUAACCAAAUUCCACUAUCUGCAGGGAGGAGCCCAAAGGGUACUCAAAGAAAUGAAAUUUGGAAAAUGGACGUGUUUCAUUUUGCAAAGUUUGGAAAAGUAAAAUGUCUACCACAGUAUAGAUACAUAUUCAGGAUUUCAAUUGGAAAUGGCUAUGAGUUCUGAAGAGGCUGAUUCUGUAAUCACACAUUUGUUAGAAGUUCUGCCAUCAUGGGGAUAACUGUACAAAUUAAGACUGACAAUGCUCCAGAAUAUGUGUCUAGUAAAAUGAACAAUUUUAUGCAUAUUACAACAUAGAAUAUAUUACAGGUAUGCCACACAAUCCUAUACAGGUAAACAAAGAUGUAAUCACACUCUAAAAGAUAUGCUUAAUAAACAGGAAGGGGUAAUAAAGACCCCAGAGAUAGAUUGCGUAAAGCUUAAUAACUUUGUUUUCCAAAUGCUAAUGAGGAAUUACAGCUGCAGAGAGACAUACGGCAAUAGAAAAUCCUACUAAAUUAAAUCAGCCUGUAUACUUUAAGCAUGUGUUGAUCUCUGUGAUUUCUUAAUCUUGCAAGUUGUUUGUUUUUAAUUUCCUGUUUACUCUGGUAAUAUUAUAUCCUUCUAAGUUCUCUGGUGGAGUUAAAGACUAGAUGGUUAUAGUUUUCGUUUUGAACAAAUUCAGAAAAGACACUCAUAAAAGAGGUGUAAAGUGUAUUGUCAGGGACAAGGAUAGAAUCUCUAGUUAGUGGAAAAAUACAGACCCCCGAUAAGACAGGGAACUAGAUCAUCUUACAGUCAGGUUGCCUAGCAACAGGACAUUGAGGCAGAGCCCUUGACCCUUUCACCCUGUAAACAUCCUAUACAAACAUCCUGUUUGCUUGCCCCACCUUAUGCAGAUGACAGCUUCUUGCUCCCCCCACCCUGCAGGAACUAUAUAAACCCUCUUGGAGAAAAAUAAAGUUGCACCUUGAUCAGAAUCUAGACUUGGUGUAUUUCCUUGUAUCUCCUGUCCCUAUCAUUCCGUGCUUAGGGUGGUCGAGAACCCAUUAAAGCCCUGCAGGCGGGGCAAACUGGCGCCCAACGUGGAUGAAACCACUUCUUGAGGAUUUGGAACGUCGUCUCCCGGAGGAAGACCAAGGCCUUGGUGAAGUUGUUGGAUCCCCCUGAAAUCGCCCGGUUCAGGACGCGAUCCCGGAGGAGGGCGGAGACGACGCAGGUAAGAAAGUGACAAGCCAUGAGACAGGCAACUUCAUCACGAGAUUUAUUUAUUUCUGGCCUAAAUGAGCCCCUCAAGAUACAAGAAACUAGGGUAAAAAAAAAA